UUUCCUUUUAGAACUUAGUCCAGCUCUGCCAGUGCUCCGAAUAAGAUCGCCAUGGGAAUGAUGCGGUUACUCAUGCUGCAGCUGCUGCUGCUGGUGGUGGAACCGACGCCACCUGUUAGUCCGGCUCCCAUCCGAUCCGCCCACUCGCUGGCCCUUCUGCGAGCACGGGAUGAGUGCGGCAAGGGGCUGACACCCGACCAGCGUCACCAGCUGGACAAGAUGCAGUUCGAGGAUGCUCCGCAUGUGCGGCAAUACCUCCACUGCUUCUGGUCGCGGCUGCAGCUCUGGCUGGAUGAGACCGGAUUCCAGGCGCAGCGCAUCAUCCAAAGCUUCGGGGGCGAGAGACGCCUCAAUGUGGAGCAGGCUCUGCCCGUCAUCAAUGGCUGCAAUGCGAAAACGAGCUCCAGAGGAUUGGGAGCGCAGGCCGCGGUCGACUGGUGUUUCCGGGCCUUCGUCUGCGUGAUGUCCACUCCCGUGGGUGAGUGGUACAAGCGCCACAUGUCCGAUGUCAUCAAUGGCAAUGCCUAGAAAUAUCCAAAUAUCCAAAUACACAAAUAUAUCCAAUAUGAAAUUCCAA